GUGAUCUUUCACAACCCAAGCCGCUUCCAAGGAGCAGCUAUGGCAGCUGCGCUGGCUUCCGAGAGCAUCGCGGUUGCUUCGGAUGUCCCUCCGAAGAUGAAGGCCUGGGUCUACGACGACUAUGGACCUGUCAGUGUGCUGCGAGCCGACGACGGAGUCUUGGUCCCGGAAGUGGAGGACCAACAGGUACUCGUCAAGGUAGUAGCCGCCGCGCUUAACCCCGUGGAUUUUAAGCGCAGGCAGGGGAUGUUCAAGUCUGCUGAUUCAGCUUUACCAACUGUUCCAGGUUACGAUGUAGCUGGGAUCGUCAUUAAAGUAGGAAGCCAAGUGAAGAAUUUCAAGGAAGGAGAUGAAGUCUACGGUGACAUAAACGAGAAUGGUUUGACACACCCCAAGCGCUUCGGUUCCCUGGCGGAAUACACAGCGGUGGAGGAGAAAUUGCUAGCUUUGAAGCCCCAAAACCUAGACUUUGUUCAGGCUGCAGGUCUCCCGCUAGCUAUCGAGACAGCCUACGAAGGCCUGGAGAGAGCAGGAUUUUCUGCAGGAAAAUCUAUUCUUGUCCUCGGCGGCGCCGGUGGAGUUGGCUCCAUAGUCAUCCAGGUAGCAAAGCAUGUUUUUGGCGCAUCGAGAGUUGCCGCGACAUCCAGCACGGGAAAACUGGAGCUGCUGAAGAGCCUCGGAGUUGAUUUGGCAAUUGACUACACCAAGGAGAACUUUGAAGAUUUGGCAGAGAAGUUCGAUGUGGUGUAUGAUUCUGUCGGGCAGGGCGAUAAAGCAUUGAAGGCAGUGAAAGAAGGCGGCAGAGUCGUCGGCAUUUGGGGCGCACUGUCUCCACCAGGCUUCGUAUUUCUUCUCACCUCAAAUGGCGGAAUGUUGACCAAGUUGAAUCCUUUCAUAGAAGAAGGGAAGAUUAAGCCACUGGUGGAUCCAAAGGGGCCAUUCCCUUUCUCUCAAGUGAUUGAGGCAUUCACUUAUCUUGAAUCUGGAAGGGCGACUGGAAAGGUUGUCAUUUAUCCAAUUCCAUGAAUGGGACGAAGACAAACACUUCCAUCUCACCAGAGUUGUGCUCUAAAGCUUAGUUUCUUUGGAUGGUUUAGCAAGUUUCUAUCAAAAAUAAAUUCGUCCACUGUAUGAAAUGAAAAUUGGGUGUUCCUAUUUUAAUUUUCAAGAAUUGCUCCAUCUGUUGUCGGUC